AUGGGAGAAAAUUCAAGUCAGGAAAAUGAAGAAAUGAUGGAUUAUGAAUUGGCAGCUUCAGAACUUGUUCUUCUUUGCAAAUUACCUGAGGAAAUUAAAAAAAAACUGACUUCUGAGCCUUUAUCUAAUGCAGUUUAUCUUGAUACUAUUGCAUGUUUGUUAUUAGACCCGGAUUUGACAUUGGUGGUUGCAGAGCUGUAUUAUCCUGUACUUUCAUCUCUUGUUUCAAGAUGGGAUGCUAUAAAAAAUGAAAAAGCAGAAGAAAUUGCAUGUGCGUUUGCGAAAUUGUUACCUUUAGCUCCAUCUUUAAAACCAUAUGCAUUGAGGAUAUUGUGCCCGUUUUUGUCUUUUUCAGAUAUUUCUGGUUCUAUUUGUAGUACAAAAAAUCAAUAUGAAAGGCCUGGAGCAGAAGCUUUCAUUUCAGAACUUUUACUAGCAGCGUAUCGUUUGAUUAUUUUUGAUCCUGUUCUUUUUUCUCCUUUCAUUUCUAUUUCGUACAUUUGGCCUUGUUUGUAUCAUCAAGUUCCUAUUGUACGGUUUCUUGCUUUAGAAAUUUUAUGUAUACUACUUUCUCUAUCAGAUGAAAAAAGGAAAGAGCUGGUAUCUUUCUAUGUUGGUCAGGGACCUGUUGAUUAUUUAUAUUUUGGAAAAAUAGUAGAUUUUUCUUUUUUUCUUUUGCUUGAAAAUGAUUUAAAGAUGAAUUUUUUAGAUAAAGUUGCUUCUCGUAAUUAUUUUUCAACGAAUAGAACUCGUAUCAUUCAUGAUUCUGAUCAAUCUCAUUUAGUGGUUCCUGUAUGUGGCAUUAAUCUUCCAAAAUUGAAUUUUUUAAAUUCUACUAAUACUGAUUUUGUUAUAACACCUUCAUCUCAAAAAAAUUUGAAAAAUUUCGCUAAAAUGUUAUUAAGUCAAAAACCUGUUCUUCUUUUAGGACCAUUUGGUUCUGGUAAAACCUUUAUUGUUGAAAGUAUUACAAAAAUGUUGGGAAAUUAUGAUAGUUUAGUUCGUAUAUAUAUAGGAGAUCAAAUAGAUUUAAAAAGUUUGAUUGGAACUUAUGUAAUAGGUUCAAAACCUGGUAUUUUUGAUUGGAAACCAGGAAUUCUUACUAGAGCUGUUCAGGAAGGAAGAUAUGUGUUGAUUGAAGAUAUUGAUAAGGCGCCAAAUGAGAUUAUAGGUGUUCUUUUACCAUUAUUAGAAAAUAACGAACUUGAAAUCUCCAGUAGAGGAGAAAAAGUAACAGCUGCAUAUGGUUUUCAAAUAAUAGCAACUAUUUCAAUAAAUACUCAUCAGAAUAGUAAUAUAAAAUUUUUAGGGAGUAGGCUAUGGCAAACUGUUGAUUUUUGUGAGAUUCCAAUAGCUGAAUUACCUAUGUUAGUUUGUUCGAAAUUUCAAAUUUUGAAAAAAUUAUCUCAUAAAAUUAUUGAAGUUUAUGAAGCCGUUUUUUCUAUUUAUAGUGAUCCUGUGUUUCAUUCUGAAAGUAAAAUAGCUUUUGGAAGGGUUGUUUCAAUAAGGGAUUUAAUGAAAUGGUGUAAACGUAUAGCUAUCUUUCUUAGUAAUGGUAGGAUUGUUUUAGAAGAUAAUUAUAUUUCUCAGGAUAUUAUUGAUAAUAUGUUUUAUAAUGCUGUAGAUUGUUUUUCUGGAAUGAUUCAGACAAGUAUUGGAAAAUUUUUGAUUGUUCAAAAAAUAGCGCAAACUCUUGGUUAUUUGUCUACUUGGACUGAGAAAUAUAUUAAAUCUUAUAUUCCUAUCUAUGAAGAUUCUGAUAAUCACAUAAAAAUUGGAAGAGCAUAUUUUCAAAAAUGUUCUGAAUUCAUAGUUUCACGUUUUAAAUAUCCUUUUGCUUUUACGUCUUCUGUAUUAAGGUUGCUAGAGCAAUUAGGAGUUUCUGUAGAGUCUGGAGAGCAUGUAUUGCUAGUUGGGGAAACAGGGACGGGGAAAACUACAACCGUUCAAUAUCUUGCAAAUAUUCUUGGUCAUGAAUUAAUAGUUAUUAAUAUGUCUCAACAAACAGAAAAUGCUGAUCUUCUUGGUGGAUUUAAACCAAUUGAUUUAAAAACUAUUUCUAUUUCUUUAAAAGAUCAGUUUGAUAAUCUUUUUAGUGCAAUAUUUCCGAGACAAAAAAAUUAUAGUUUUCUUGAAGCAAUUAGAAAGGCAUAUUCUUCUAAAAAGUGGAAAUAUCUGAUCCGUUUAUUUAAAGCUGUAAUUGAUACUGCCCAGAAACGAAUUUCAUCUGUUUUUGAUAAUGAGAAGAAUGAUGAAAUAUCAGAUGUUUUUAAAAAAAGGCGCCGAUUUGGGCCAGAAUUAAAGAAAAAGUUGGAAACUUUUUCUGAGGAUGUAUCUAAAUUUGAAACUUAUGUUUUAGGUAAUUCUGAAUCUUUUGUUUUUGGUUUUGUAGAAGGGCCUUUAAUAAAAGCUAUUCGAAAUGGUAGUUGGAUUUUAUUAGAUGAGAUUAAUUUAGCGGAAUUUGGUAUCCUUGAAAAUAUUAGUGGAAUUUUACAGGAAAAAGGCUCCAUCCUUUUGUCAGAAAAAGGCGAUAUUGAUCCUAUUUAUCCUCAUCCUAAUUUUCGUUUGUUUGCAUGUAUGAAUCCUUCUACGGAUAUUGGGAGGCGUGAUUUAUCAUUGUCUUUAAGAUCAAGGUUUACUGAAUUCUUUGUCCAUUCUCCUGAUCAGAGUUUUGAUGAUUUGUUCUUUAUAAUUCAUAAAUACAUAGGGCAUCUUACCUUUUCUGAUGAAAAGGUUUUAUAUGAUGUUGCUCAGCUUCAUUUAAAGGCAAAACAAUUAGAAAAUGAAAACCUUUUGGUUGAUUCUGCUGGUCAGAAACCUCAUUACAAUAUUAGGACAUUAACUCGGACACUGAUGUAUGUAAAUGAAAUUUGUCAGCUAUAUGAAUUACGGAGAUCUUUAUAUGAAGGAUUUUGUAUGUUGUAUCUAACUUUAUUGGAGAAAAGUAGUGAAGAAAUUCUUCACUUAGUUAUUAAACAGUAUACCGUUGAUUAUUUGAAAAAUUUGAAAUCUUCAUUUGCACAAAUUCCUAAAAGACCUUUAAAUGGAAAUUAUAUACAGUUUAAACAUUACUGGAUGCAUAAAGGCGAUUAUGAAAUAGAAAAGGAUAAUAAUUAUAUUAUAACACAAUCAGUUGAAAAAAAUAUGUUAAAUUUAAUAAGAGCUACUGCUACAGGAAAAUUUCCAAUUCUACUUCAAGGGCCUACUUCAAGCGGAAAAACAAGUAUGGUUGAGUAUAUUGCUAAGUUAACUGGUCACAAAUUUGUUAGAAUUAAUAAUCAUGAACAUAUUGAUCUUCAAGAAUAUCUUGGUGCUUAUAUUUCUGACAACUUUGGAAAUCUGAAAUUUAAAGAGGGAGUUAUGGUAGAGGCAUUACGUAAUGGAUAUUGGAUUGUGUUAGAUGAAUUAAAUUUAGCGCCUUCUGAGGUUCUUGAAGCACUUAAUAGAUUGUUAGAUGAUAAUAGGGAGCUAUUAAUAACUGAAACUCAAGAAAUUGUAAAACCUCACCCUCAUUUUAUGCUUUUUGCUACUCAGAAUCCUCCUGGAAUUUAUAGUGGGCGGAAAUAUUUAUCUCGUGCAUUUCGCAAUAGAUUUUUAGAAUUGCAUUAUGACAGUAUACCUGAAAAUGAGCUUGAAACUAUUUUAUGUACUCGAUGCCGUAUACCACCUUCUUAUGCUAUGAAAAUGGUUCAAGUUUAUAAGAAAUUAUCUUUGCAACGUCAAUCAUCUAUGAUUUUUCAACAAAAAAGUAGUUUUAUGACUUUGCGUGAUUUAUUUCGCUGGGCUAGUAGAAAUUUUUCUACUUACCAAGAGUUCGUAAACAAUGGAUAUAUGUUAUUAGGUGAACGUGUACGAAGAAAUGAUGAGAAAAUAAUUGUUAAAGAAAUUAUUGAAGCUAUUAUGAAAGUUAAAAUAUCUGAAAAUGAAUUAUAUUAUAUUAAUGAUUCAGAAGAAUGUUCAUUUUCUAAUUAUUUUCCUAAUUUAGAUGGAAUUGUUUGGACUAACUCUAUGAAAAGAUUGUUUCGAUUGGUUUCCCUUGCAUUAGAGAAUAACGAACCUGUGCUUCUUGUGGGUGAAACAGGUACUGGAAAAACAAGCAUUUGUCAAGCUAUUUCUAAAAGUCAUUCUUCAUUUUUACAUAUUGUAAAUGUACAUCAAAACAUUGAAUCAAGUGAUAUUAUCGGAACUCAAAGACCUAUAAGGAAUAAAGAUGAAAUUUGUAAAAGGUUGUAUGAUAAUAUUUCUAAAUUAUUAGCAUAUAUUGAUUCUGUGUAUUUUGAUAAUAUUAAAUCUACCGCUUUGUUAGAUUUAAUAGCUGCAUUUUCAAAUUUGGAGAUUAGUGAUAUUAAAGAAAAUUCUAAAGGUACUAUAUACUAUGAUAUUAUUAAUUCUAUUGAAAAAGAUCUUGUACAAUAUAAGAAAAUGUUUGAUUGGUGUGAUGGCGCUUUAGUGAAAGCAAUGAAAUCUGGAGAAUAUUUUUUGCUUGAUGAGAUAUCUCUUGCUAGUGAUUCUGUUUUGGAAAGACUUAAUAGCGUUUUAGAGCCUUCACGUACAAUUACUUUAGCUGAGAAAUCAGUGGAUGAAAAUUUAAUAAAGGCAAAAGAUGGUUUUAAAUUUAUGGCUACAAUGAAUCCUGGUGGAGACUAUGGUAAAAAAGAGCUUUCACCUGCUUUGCGGAAUAGGUUUACUGAAAUAUGGGUUCCUUCGAUAUUUGAAAAAGAUGAUAUUUUAAAAAUUGUUCGUUCAAAACUUAAAAAUGAUUUUUGCGAAUAUUCAGAGAUACUUGUUUCAUUUUCUUUUUGGUUUCAACAAAAUUUUUCAUUCUAUUUAUCAAGAUCAUUAUCUAUAAGAGACAUAUUAUUAUGGGUUGAUUAUAUGAAUUUACCUGAUAUUCAUAGUUCGAUAACACAUUAUAUUUUACAUGGUGCUUCUUUGGUUUAUAUUGAUAAAAUAGGUGUAAAUUCUGGAUUACUUUCUAAGUUAACUACUGAACAAAUUCAAAACAAAAGACUUGAGUCUGUUAACUAUUUAUCUAGUUUGGUAGGUGAAAAUUUGCAGUCAGAAUUCUUAAGAGUACCUCAGAUAACUAUUGAUAAAGAAAUACUGAAAAUUGGAUCUUUUUCUUUUCGGCGUGGACCUUAUAUUUCAGAUUGUUCAUCUUAUAGCUUAUGUGCGCCUAUCACUUCUUUUAAUGCAAUGCGGAUUUUACGAGCAAUGCAAUUAUCUAAACCUAUACUACUUGAAGGAAGUCCUGGCAUAGGGAAAACAUCUCUUGUAUCAACUAUUGCUUCUAUUUCAGGCUUUCCGCUAACAAGAAUAAAUCUUUCUGAACAAACUGAUUUAAUGGAUUUAUUUGGGUCUGAUCUUCCUGUAGAUGGUGAGGCUAUAGAAUUUGCUUGGCAUGAUGGGCCUUUUUUACGUGCUAUGAAAAAUGGUCAUUGGGUACUCCUUGAUGAAAUGAAUUUAGCGCCACAGUCUAUAUUAGAAGGUCUUAACGCAUGCUUUGAUCAUAGAGCUCAAGUUUUUGUACCAGAGUUAAAUCAAACAUUCGUUUGUCAUCCUUCAUUUAGAGUUUUUGCUGCACAAAAUCCACAUUCUCAGGGAGGUGGUCGUAAAGGAUUGCCAAAGUCAUUUAUAAACAGGUUUAUAGUUGUUCAUAUUGAAAAGAUGUCUUUUGAAGAUUUAUUGUCUAUAUGUGAUUAUAUCUUUCCUCAUGAGGAUUUAUUAAUAAAGAAGAAAAUUAUAUCGUUUAUUGAAAGGUUAAAUAGCGAAUUGUCUUUGAAUUGUGAAUUUGGGAUGCAUGGUAGUCCUUGGGAAUUUAAUUUGCGGGAUAUAUUAAGAUGGCUUGAGAUUCUUGAGUAUGGGAAGCUGAGCUUACAUGGAAAAUGCCCUUCUGAAUUUUUAGAUAUAAUUGUAAAACAAAGGUUUAGGACAAUAGAAGAUCAAAAAAUUGUUGAUGAAAUUUAUCAAAAAGUUUUUGGAAAUCUGCCUACUAGUCAUAAUUUAUAUUAUAGUCUUAGCACAAACUUUUUUCAAGUUGGUUAUGCAUUGUUGCCUCGAAAUUCUAUUUUAAAUUAUAAUAAGAAUUCUUUUUUCAAUAUUUUCAAAAACCAGUUAAAGGUUAUUGAGAGCUUGAUUUUUUGUAUUAAAUUCAAUUGGCCAUGUAUUUUGGUAGGACCGCCAGCUUCUGGAAAGACUUCUUUGGUUAGAUUUAUUUCUUUUAUUUCUGGAGCAAAACUUGUGGAAUUUUCUGUUAAUAAUGAUAUAGAUACAAUGGAUAUUAUAGGAGGGUUUGAACAAGUUGAUUUGAUUUUAAAAUUAAACAAAUUUAUUACUAAUGUUCAGGAGUUUUGCAAGAGCAAGUUACGUUUCUUAUUAGUUUCAUCUCAAGAAAAAAUCGUAGAACAUGUGACUAUAUAUAAUCGUAUACUGCAAUUAAUUGAAAUUCAAGGACGACAAACCGUAUCUGAUUAUCGUAAACUUUUAUCAGAUAUCGUCUUAUUGUUUACAGAAUUAUCUAAUCUCUCUAUAGCUCAUGAUUCUUUAUUUCAUCAGAUUUUUCAAAAGUUAAAAAAAUAUGUAUUAGUUGAUGAUACAUACAAACCAACUCAAUUUGAAUGGAUUGAUAGUGUUUUAGUGCAGGCUGUAGAAAAUGGAGAGUGGCUUCUUUUAGAUAAUGUUAAUUUAUGUAAUUCCUCUGUAUUAGAUCGACUUAAUUCACUUAUGGAGCCUGAAGGAAAACUUAUUUUAAAUGAAAGAAGUUCUUUAGAUGGAAAGCCUUUUAUAAUAAACUCUCAUCCGAAUUUUCGAAUUAUUUUAACAAUGGAUCCGGCUAAUGGUGAACUUUCUAGAGCAAUGAGAAAUAGAUGUGUUGAAAUUUUUUGCGAUAAAUUACAAACAGAUAAUCAAAUAGAAUCUAUAGUUAUGCACUCUGUUACUACUUGUAAUGAUUCUAUUCUUUUUAGUUCAUUGCCUUCGUUUAUGUUUAAUCAUUUUCAUUUAUAUGGAAAGGUUUUAAAAAAAUAUUAUUCAGAAAAAAAUAUGCCUAUAUUAGGAGAUUUGUUUUUAGAACAUAUUCCUAUAAAACAAAUAGAUCUUUUGAAAAGAUGGUAUUCAUCUUAUAUAAUUGAUAGUGGUAUGUUUUUACAAAUAAGGAAAGAUAUUAUUUCAAAUUUGAUAUAUAAAUCUACUGAGUUUCAGAAAUCUUUUUUAUAUCAAAAAAUUUAUGAUUUUUAUAAAGAUCUUAUCUAUAGCUCUAGUUUUCCUGAAGAUUUUGCAGAUUCUCAGCCUUUAUACCCUUUAGUUAAUCCAUAUAUUAAGAAUAUAAUUUUGAGUAGUUUGUCUGAUUUAAGUUCUUCUAGAACAUGUUCUAUGCAUCUAAAAUUAUGUUAUACGUAUAAUCUUUUUUCAAAAUAUAUAGAUUUGAGGAUUAUUCUUGAGACUAUACAGGGAAAAUCUCAAUGUGUUUCUAAUAUGAAUAUGACAGUGUUGGAGAAAUCAUGUUUGAAUUUACAUUCUGAUGAAACUGCUACAUUAUUGCAUAUUAAUGUUUUUCAAUUUUUAUCAUCUCUUUUAAAUGAGAUAAAAUUGCUUUUAAUUCGAGAAAAUUUUGAUUAUGUGAAUCAGGAGUUUACUGAAAGUAUUAUGCAUUUGAUUGAUAUCUGGCAUCAUAUUUAUGAAUUUACAAAUGUUCAAUUUAUUGAUUAUAGUAAAUAUCAUGUUUAUAAUUCUAAUUUACAAAUAUGGAAUCAGGAAUAUGGAAGUUUAUUGCCAGAUGAUUCUAGAAAACGCUUUGAUCAAUUAAUUAGAUUGUUUAAUUUGAAUUUUAAGUUUAAAACUGGUUUUUCUAUGGAAAUUAUUUGGAAAAAAGUAAAACCUGAACUUCCAAAAUUUGAAUAUACAUGGACAAUAUACAAAGAAUUAGUAUCAUGUAUGAAUAAGUUUGAUCAUAAUUUUCAGUAUAAUGCAUAUAUUUCAAAUAUAGUCUUGAAUAUUAGAUCUUUGUUUUUAGAAAAUUGUUAUUCUAUUUUUACUGUCUCUAAUAUUGGAGAAAUUUCUUCAAAGAUUGAUUCUUUUCAAAUUAAUUUUAAAAUUGAGAAUUUUUUAAAGGAUUUGCAGAAUAAUAUGAAUAAAAUUGGCCUUCAUAACGACACUAGUAUUAGACUUAAGUGUUUUCCUACAGUUCUCAAUUCUUUUAAUGUUAUAUUUUCUUGUUUAGAAGGAUUUGUAAUAAAUCAUGUUCUAGAACAUGGUUUUAUUUCUAAGGAUAUAUAUGAUAUGAUACUUUCUUCACAUAUGUGGACAAAUAGGUCUUCUAUUUCCUUGAUUCCAUAUAUUAUUGCGCAUAAAGGAAUUUCUGAAAAUGGAUCUUUAGUAUUUCAGAUUUUUGAUUCUUAUUUCAGUACUACAACUAGAUGUUUUUUAUCAUCUGAAUGUUCUGAGUUAUUAAUUGAAUCAUUUCCUGCAUUUCUUUUUUUUGGAAAGCCAAUAAAAACUAUUGCUGGGGCUAUUUAUAAUAUAAAAAAUGCUUUAUUUGAAAAUUUUGAACAAAUGAAAUCUAGUUUAUCAGAUUUAACUUUGCAAGUAUUUCAACAUACAUGGUAUAUAAAGAAUGAUAAAAUUUCAUUUAUUUUUGAAAUAUUUAUUGAAAAGUUUGUUCAGGUGUGUUCUUUAGAUUUUUUAUUAAGUAAUAUUGAUUUAAUAAAGAUUUUUGAUAUUCAUAAAUCUUUAUAUUGUUCUUCAGAUUAUCAAAUUAUUUUGACUAAUUUAAAAAAAUUAAAGUCUAGGUCCUAUGAUAAUCAAAAAGAAAGUAUAAAAAUUUUAGAAGAAUUAAAAGAGAAGUUUCAGAAAACUGAUCAUUUGAAAUUAAGAAAGAUCAUUAAUAUAUAUUUUAUACCUUCUUUAUUGAUUAUUUUCCCAUUCGUUCAAAAUCCAGAAGCUACUGAAUCUGAACUUUUAUCGAAACUUGGAAAGGCUUUUAUUUUUUUCGAAUUGGGGUUUCUUUAUUUAUAUGUUCCAAAUAUACCAUAUGAUCCAGCAAUUUUUCCUAUAGUUCAGAUUGAACUUCAUAAAAAACGAUUAGAGUAUAUUUCUAGUGAGAUUUGUUUAAGAAAAUUAUACGAAAAAGAAUUUACUGGUUGUAAUGAUAACAUUUCUAUAAGGAAUUUACAGUUACGUUAUCAAGAUUUAGAGUCAAAGAAAAUGAUUUUUCCUCAUGUUUAUCGUCCUUCUAUUUCAGAAAUUGUUGGUAUAUAUAGGGAAUUUGAAAAGUUGUUGCAAAUGUUCAUUGUUGAUCAUUCAUUGGAAAAUAUUAUUAAAAGUUUCGAAAAUAAAGAAAUUGAUGCUAUUUUUCAUUUAACUACUAUACAGAAAACGACAUGCCAGUUAAUAGAUCGGCUUGAGUCAUAUUUGUAUUAUACUGACAUUUUAAAACCUAUAUGUGGGUCAUUAAAGGUUAUAAAUUUUUCUUUAGUGCUUAUAAAACAGGCUGAACAGUUUUCUAAAUCUACAUCUGAAGAUUUAACUAUGAAAAUAUUUUUAAAUCUUUUUGAUAUUAAUACAAUAUUGACUGAGCCUCUUAAUAUCACUUUCAUAAAAUUAUUUUUAAAUCAAGUUUCUUGUUAUAAAUGUGAUUCUGUAUUUGUGGAUCGUUUUAUGAUUUUUUGUCUUAAAAAACUAUCUUUUUUCAAAAAACACUCAUUUUUAAAUGAUUUUUCUAACUACAUAGAAAUUGUUGAUUAUAUUUUUCAAUAUUUUUAUUCAAAAUGGAUUCUUGAAAGAGAUGAAGAAAUUAAAUUAGCACUAGAAAAAGAGUCUAUUUAUAAAAUAUCACAUUCUGAAGAUGAUGAUUAUAGAACUUUGUUUCCUGAAUUUGAGAUCUUUGAUGAGUUUAAAAAAUAUGAAUCCUUAAAAACAAAAGGUAAGGGCUUCUGUCGUAUAGAAUUGAUGAAGAUUCAUAAAAAACUUUUUAAUGAUUUUGAGCCUGUAGUCUCUUGUUUUGAAUUGGUUAACUCUGCAUUAAAUCUUGGAAUAGAAUUAUUAAUUCUGGAUAAUUUUAAUAUUAAUUCUAGAGUAAAUGAAAUAGUACUCCCAUCUUUAAUAUAUUAUAUGAAAGAUGUUUUUAGUGAUUCUAAUUUUGUAUUGCCAAUAUAUCAUGAUUCUGAUGAUUGGUUAUAUAAUUUCUAUAAAGAUCCGAAUAUUAAAGAAUCGGUUAAACUUGGUUUAACACUUAAAGAUUUAAACUCUAAGGUACAACGGUUUCUUGAAGAGUGGCCAGAGAAUUCUAUUCUUCAUGAAAUAAUAACUCGUUUAGAUAUUAUUUUGAAAUCAGGGAUAGAAAUGCCUCUUGUUCAAAGUUUAAUAGCAUUAGAACAAUUAUAUAGUGUUGUUGAUCAAUGGAAAUCCAUAGCAAGUUCUGAGUAUUCCCUUGAUACUAAUAUAGAGGAUUUAAAAAAAAUUAUUAUAAAAUGGAGAAAACUUGAAUUAAAUUGUUGGAAUGAUUUGUUUAAAUUGGAAGAUAAAGAGAAAUAUAAUGAAAUGACUGAUUCGUGGUUUUAUCUUUAUGAGAACAUAAUAUAUAGGAAACCAUCUUCUUUUCCUUCAACUAAUGAUUUAGAGAAUUAUAUAAAUGAAUUGGUUUCUUUAUUAGACCAGUUUAUAACUAGUUCUUCUCUUGGACAAUUUGAAGAACGUUUGAAACUUAUUGAUGCAUUUUCAAGUCAUUUGUUUAUUCUCGGAAAAACGGAAUUUAUAGAAAAAAGGAUUCUAUUGGCUCUUAAAAAUCUUGUUGCAUUAUAUUCAUUAUAUAUACCAAAAAUUCGAAAUACAAUUUAUGAAGGAAAAAUUCCUUUAGAAGAAAGCAUAAAAAAUACAAUACAGUCAAUGAGUUGGAAAGAUACUAAUGUUUUUGUUUUGAAGGAAAGUGCAAGAAAAUCUCAUAGGUCUUUGUAUAAAGUUGUUAAAAAAUACCGGGAACUUCUUUCUGUUCCAUCAUUGUCUAUUUUAGUUGAGUCAUAUACUGAAUCACUGAGGUUAACUUCUCAGAAUAGUAUUACUUUUUGUGGUUCUUUGGAAUUAGAAUUAGUAACUGUUAAUGAAGAGCUAUUAAAAUGGUCUUUAAAUUAUUUUAAGUCUGUUAAUUUUGUACAUCGUUUAAAUGCUUCUUAUAGACAUAGGAGUAUUUUAAAUACUGUUCGAAAUAUGUGGUUUCUUAUUAUUCAAAAAUAUGGACAAGAUUCGACAUCUGAUGAAAAUCCAUUUGAAUUGUUUACAACAAAUAUCGUUGAAAAUAUGAAAGAAUUACAAGAUCUUACAUCUUCAAUGGCUAGUGAUAAAAAGUCAGAAAUUAAUUAUUUGAAAAUAAGAAAAAAGAAGCUCUUUUCUGAUACGCUUAAUGAAUUAAAAAGAAUAGGCCUUAAAACAAAUCCAAAUGUAUCUGUUAUUAAAAAAGUGUCUAAUAUUAAUAAUUUAUUAACAACUAUUCCAUACUACGAUAUUAAGAUGUUAAAAGAUCAGAAUCAUUCUUCUUUUAUAAGAAUUAUUGAUGAUUAUUUUUUUCGAUUUAUUACUUUUAUCACAAAAAUUCGUCAAUCUCAAAAUGAGCAUUCUAGUGACAUAAGUAUAAAUGAAAUUUCACGUUCAUUGGGGCUUUUGAAUUCUCUAUUUUAUAUGAUUUUACUUGAAAGAUCGUCUCUUAUAAAGGUUUUAUUUGAGAUAUAUCGUUUUGAAAAAAAAUUAUCUGUACUAUCUUUAUUGAAAACUAUGGUAUUUGAAGAAAAUUCCUCAUUUCUGAAAAAUUAUAGAAAAAAUAAGUAUAUAUAUGAUAGAUUUGAAUCUUUUUUGAGUCAUAUACAAAGUAUCGUUACUAUUUUAGAGAAUAUCCGGAAUAUACAUGCAAGUUCUAUUUCUUCUCCAUUAUUAGAUGAAUUAGGGAAAGAUUUUGAUUUAAUUAGUGAAGAAAGUAAGAAAUUUGGAAUUGAAUUUAAGUAUCUAGGUGGUUUAGAUAGAAUUGUUAUGGAUAAAACAGCUGGUAUUUUUGUUUCUGAUUUUAUGAAAUGGAUGGAAAAUAUAUCAAAAAAAAUGUUUUCAUACUCUUCUCAACCUACAUCUUGUGCAUAUUUAGCUAUUCCUAUUUUUUCUUGGAUUAAGAAUACUAUGAAUUUUUUAAAACUAAUUCACUUAGAAGUUCUUGAAAAUGACUAUGCUGAAGUUGUUAUAGAAUCUGAUAUCUUUAUGAGGAAUUUAUCUGAUAAAAUAUUAUUGAUCAUACAAAAUUUAGCAGAUGUUAAAUCUUUGGAUGUAAAACAUGAUUCUAAUGGCAUUUUAGAAGAUUCUUGGUUGAUAAAAAAACAUGCAUUUUUUCUUAACUCCAUAAAUAUUCUUGAAAUGGAAGAUAUUAAUUCUUUACUGGAAAAAUCUAUUUCUGAGAUUAAUAAAUUAAAUAUGACUGGUUUUUCUGACAUUCAUACCUUACUUAAGUUGAAAGCAGUAUAUUGUUUAUCAAUACCAAUAUUAGAACAGUAUUUAAUAAUAUGUAAGUAUAUGUUAGAAAAGUUCAUAUGCUAUCAUAAAUCUAUGGCAAAAUCGGCUCUUUUGUUUUCGAUAGUUUUAAACACAUUGAUUGAAAAAGGUUUUUGUACUCCUCUUGAAACUAAUGUUAAUGAAAAGAAUGCUACUGUUUCUGAGAGCACUGGAUUGGCUGAUGAUAAUAUUGGAAAUGUGACAGAAAAUCUUAAUGAAAAUUUUGAAGGUUUUGAUGAGACAAAUUCUGAAAAAAAUAAUUUCGAAAACUCUGGUAAUAAUAUAGAAGUUAAUGAUGAUUUUAGUUCUAUAUCAGAAAGUAGUGAUGAUAGUCAAGGGAUUGAAGAUUUUGAUGAUAAGACUUUGGAUGAUGAAAUUAAUGAUGUUGACCGUCAAAAUUCUACUAUUGACCAAAAAUUUUGGGAUCAGGAAAAUAAUGAAUCAAUGAAUUUAGAUAGUAUUGGUAAUCAGAAAUUGGAUGAUAAUGAAAAUGAUAUGGGACUUGUUGCUCAAGAACCUCAAGAGGAUCCUUCUAUAACAAUUAAAAAAAACCAUGAUAUGAAUGAUAAUAAUGAUAAUGGAAUAUCUGAUAAUGAUGAAAUUCUGGAGAAUUUUCAAGAAAGUAAAUUUAACAAUGAUAUAGAAAAUAUAGAACCUUUGAGUUUACCUGAUGAUGUUCAUUUAGACGUUGAUGAUAAUGAUGAUAUAUUUAAUAAUGAUUUGGAUUUAGAUCAAGGAGAAUCGAAACAUGAUGAAUUAGAUUAUGAAGAAUCGGAUUAUAAAGAAUUGAGUCAUGAUGAAUCGGAUUAUAAAGAAUUGAGCCAUAAAGAAUCAGAAUGUAAAGAAUUGAAUCGUGAAGAAUCGGAAUGCAAAGAAUUGAGUCAUGAAGAAUCAGAAUGUAAAGAAUUGAAUCAUGAAGAAUCAGAAUGUAAAGAAUUGAAUCAUGAAGAGUUAGAGUAUGAAAAAUUGGAUUCUAAUAAUUCUUUCGAAUAUGAAAAUAAUAAUGCAAAUCACUCGCAUAUUAAUUCUCAAUCUGACUUCGACAAACAUGUACUAGACGAUAAAUAUAAAAAAGAUAUAGGCGUUGAUUCUGGCUGCGAAACUGAUUUUGUGAAUAUUAGUAAUGAAAAUAGUUUCAAUGUAGAUGGGAAUUGUCAAUCUUUUACUGAUUUAUCUAAAAAUGUAUUUGUUGAAAAUAAUUCUAUUGUUUUAGAUGAAAGUUUUUAUAAAGAGUAUAAAAACAAUGAAAAUAUUUCAUUAGAAGCUAAGCAUAAUUCCUUUAUUAGAAAUUUAUCUAAUGAAUUGGUCGGAAAUAAUGAUAUUGAAUCUUGGAAGAAUUAUAAUGAUAUUGAAUGUCAAAAAAGUAGUAAUAAUUCUGGAAUGGAUAAGGAAUUUGAACCGAUUAGAUCAUUAAACGAUUCAUAUAAAAGUCUUGGGAAUAUGCUUAAAGAAUGGAAUAAAAUUAUUAAUAAUGUUUUUCACUCAAAAGAUCAUGAUGAUUUAUCUAGCAAUAACUUUUUUAAAAACAAUAAUGAAUAUGAGUAUAUGAAGGAUAUUGGUUUGAAUGAAGAUACUAAUGCUUUAGUACUUUUACCUGAAAAACAAGAAAAAAGUAAUUUUGAUAUGGAAGAUAAUUUAGAUGAGAUAAAUAGUCAUUAUAAUGAUAAAAGUAUAGAAAAAUCUAGUGAUUCUUUUGUUGAUACAGGGACAACAAAUAUUGAGAAUUCUGGUUUAGAGAUUCUUGAUGCUGAAGUAGGUUGUCAAAAAAAUGAUAUAAGACAUAACAUGAAUGAUAUAUUUUUGCAAAAUAUGACUGAUUUACAUGAAAAAAUAUUAGAUAAUAAUAAUUCUUCUGAUUUACCUGAUUUUAAAUCUGACUCUUCUGAUUUUAUGUCUAAUGAUGAUGCAAUACAUUUAUGGAAAAAUCAUGAAGAAUCUGUUCAUGAUUUAUCUAUUUAUCUUUCUGAGCAAUUAAAGUUAAUUCUUGAGCCUACUCUGGCUACAAAAAUGCAAGGAGACUAUCGUACUGGUAAAAGGUUAAAUAUGAGGCGUAUUAUUCCUUAUAUAGCGAGUCAAUAUAGAAAAGAUAAAAUCUGGAUGAGACGUACAAAACCCGGUAAGAGACAAUACCAGGUUAUGAUCUGUAUAGACGAUUCAAAAUCGAUGGCUGAAUCUGGAUCAAUAAAUUUAACAUUUGAAACGCUUGCUGUUAUAUCUAAAGCACUUUCUCUUUUAGAAGUAGGGGAGAUUUGUAUUAUGAGUUUUGGAGAUAAACCUUCGUUGAUACAUUCUUUUAAAGAGCCUUUUACAUCUGAAUCUGGCGCUAAAUUGAUUAAAAAGUUUAGAUUUAAUCAAUCUAGAACGGAUGUUAAGGCAUUGACUGAAACUUCUAUAAAGAUAUUUGAGACUGCGAAAAAUACACUUCAUUUUAAGUCUUCUAUGGAAUUAUGGCAAUUGGAGAUUAUUGUGUCAGAUGGUAUAUAUGAAGAUCAUGACUCUUUAAGACGUCUUUUACGAAAAGCUUACGAAUUAAAAAUUAUGGUUAUUUUUGUUAUUGUUGAUGUGAUUUAUGGAAAAAAGACAACCUCACUACUUGAUAUGAAGCAAGCUCGCUAUAAAACAGCGCUUGAUGGAUCUACAACAUUAGAGAUUAUUAAUUAUAUGGAUGAAUUUGCAUUUGAUCAUUUUGUGAUUGUGAGAGAUGUAAAAGAAUUAGCUCAUGUAUUGGCAAAUGCACUUCGGCAAUGGUUUAUGGAAGUAUCACAAUCCUGA